AUGCCUUGCAAACACGAAUAUUUUAAGGAGAGCGAAGUGCAGGAAUUGCUCAAGGGCAAGAAUAAUCAGAUAUUAAUUGCAAACCAUCACAAGGCAUCACACUUGGCAAGAGUCCUAGUCAAAAAUGCAUCUCGUGAGAGUUCUGAACUGACAAAGUCACAACUUGAGGCUCGAUCUAUGAGGUUCGAUGAUAACAGAGGAUUAUAUAGUAUCCAUGUCUUCGCCGAAAAACUCGAAAGACAAAGAUCAAAAUCCGAGUUUUAUUUGGAUCUUGUCAGAAAAUUUACAACCCAUUAUAUCGCUAUCUAUGAUAAGUUGUUCUUUUUCGGAAGCUUAUUUGCUACUGGACGAGUUACCUAUCGCGUGAGAUGGAUGGAAGAAAACAAAGAUAAGAAUUCCUUGGCUGUGACCACUGCUCAUCUAGAUCAAGAAGCUUCGGAUUAUAAGGUAACAGACUCCGUUAUCGACUUGUAUGUUGAAGCAGACCUGAAUACACCACACAAGAAAAAGUCAGGAAAUGGUUAG